AUGUCGACUUCGAGCAAAGAUCGAUACUAUUCUAGUAUGGGGAAAUCACGUAGAGGUUCCCCAGGGGAUUCACAAGGCAGUGAUUUUUUUCAGACGGGACAGGUUGGGCGAACAGUGCUCCCUCCUAUUUCACCAGCUUCUCCAACCUCACGUUUUCCAGUUCCCGCAACAUAUUCUAGUUCAUAUACACAGCCUCACUCGUCUCCUGAUCGAUAUGAUCUCAAUCCUCAGGCGUAUUAUCCCAACCAGUGGCAAACUAGUAGCACAUCGCCUUAUGAUACGCAUGAGAGGUAUUCUCCCCAAAUGUCUUAUGGUUAUCGGCAUAGGUCUUCCCUGCCUGUCAUACCUACCCCGUCAGACUCACGCCGCUUGCCUCCUUUGACAACAUCGAGCCCUGGAGGCGACCGAUGGCAGCAAUCAGAUUAUGGAAUGCCCACAGCGCAUGGGUACCCAAACAACAUCUGUUCGCCAACAGCCUCUUAUCCUAACACUUACGCUACUUAUCCAAGCUCGAACCAAACGAGCUCUUAUUCGUACCAUUUGCCGGGCAAUGACCAUCAUUCGAUGGGCGUACAAGAUUAUAGAUCAUUAUUUGACGACGUCGAUUCUCGAGACCCUCGCUCCUCUUCUCCUUAUAGUCGCAGCUCAGGUUCUUCUCAAGUCUCGGCGCCAAGUUAUACACCUCCCCCAGCCUCCCCCAGCUCUCUUGAAGAGCCGAGAAUUAGGAAGAAGCGCAAACGUGUGGAUGCAGCCCAGCUGAAAGUUCUUAACGAGACUUACAAUCGAACCGCCUUUCCGUCAACAGAGGAGCGCCACACUCUCGCGAAGGCUUUGGAUAUGUCUGCAAGAGGCGUCCAGAUAUGGUUUCAAAACAAGAGACAGUCGGCGAGACAAACUAAUCGCCAGUCGUCAACCGUGAGCCCGGCCAAAUCAUUUACAACGGCGAACCAUAGUGAACCUCUACUACACAACAAAAUCCCUUCAGGAGGGGAGGAGACGGGGAAGAGGGAGGAGGAUGGUUCACAUAUAAAGCAGGCGGAAGACACGAGAAUGGGUUUCCAGGACUGCAAUUCAAGUGAUUGCUUCGGCCACAUUUACUGCGGCCUAUCGAUGACCAGGCCCAUAUCUGCUGCUCUGUUGCCACUCCCAGAUGACUCUGUCCCUCAUUCCGAAAGCAUUCAAGAACGCCUACGUCGACUUGAUGAGAUGGACCUGUCCGAAUCCCGCAUUUUGCUUCUCGAGAAGAUUCACGAAGAAAUGUGGGCUGUGGUGCCAACCAUCGGGAUCAUCAAGUGGGAUGACCUCCCGUGGCCAGUAUUUGCUCGGACGACUUGUCCAGAAGAUUUGAUGUUACACCGAAUCGUUUCAUAUUUGUUACAGGUUUCAAGCGGAAUGGAUAUCAAAAAAGCGCUCGUGGAUUCUAGCCGGCUGCCGUGGGCCCAACAACGUCUUCGGAUUCUUCUUGGACACUGGGGACAACCUAGUUUGCAAAAGAAAGUUGAAAACUCUGCGGACAAUACUAUGAUACAGGGCGUCAACGUUGUUACAUAUCAUCUCGAAAGCGUUCUCCAUUUUGUAAACACGCAUCAAGUCGACGAAGCUCAUCAUGAGGAUUUGACUACAAUUAUUUCUCAAACAUUUCUCAAAAACGUUGGUGAAAAUCUGGCUCGGAUUCUGACAGACUCGUCGGACAACUCUGGUUAUAAGUCUUUGCUCAGGUUAGAGGGCGAUAGCGCUCAGAAGAUGCUAAAUUUUCUGCAAACGCUGCUUGAUUGUUCGGAGUUAGUUUCUCUGCCGAGGAAUGAUAUUCUAGGAGCCCUUUUGCGACUUUCGAAAUUAUCGAAGUUGUAUCCCGAAUGCCUGACUAUAAAGAGUCUUGAACGGGACGGCGAUGUGUUGGACUCGGGACGCUUUGGCGAGAUCUAUAAAGGUCGUUCACGCAACCAAACCAUUUGCUUGAAGGUUAUCAAAGUAAAUCAGAAGACGAAAAUCAAGCAUCUACUGAAAGAGGCCCUACUUUGGGGACAUCUGUCGCAUCCAAACAUCCUCCCUUUCUACGGAAUAUAUCAUCUAGAAGAUACGCGUGGAAGAAUCUCCUUCGUAUCUCCAUGGAUGGAAAACGGAAACGUAACUGAAUAUCUCAAGAGGCAUCCCCUCGCGAACCGUCUACUUCUGACACGGGACAUCGUACUAGGGAUUCAAUUCCUCCAUCAGAAUCAAGUCAUACACGGGGAUCUCAAAGGCCUGAAUGUACUUGUGAAUCGUAGUGGACGCGGUUGUCUCGCUGACUUCGGAUUGGCUAACCUUGUUGACGAAAACAUCCCUUCUUGGACCUCAACUGAGACUACUGGACAUCAGAACGGUGGCACAUUGCGAUGGCAGGCACCAGAGUUGAUUUCUGAGGGAUUGGCCAAGGCGACGCCAGCCAGUGAUAUUUAUUCUUUCGCAUGUGUCUGCUAUGAGGUAGGCAGCGUUGUCUCAAAGACGGUAUUGUAG